AUGCAGUCAACAUAUGGAUUUAUUCUUCUCGUACUAAUAAAUGUGUCAGGAACGAAACAGGCAAAAAACUAUAGUGCAAUUCUAUUAAAUCGAUUGGAAAUUACAGAACGUUAUGUACAUGACAUGCUAACGCGACCAUCAAUGAAAAAUUCUAGUCACACCAUAGUUGCUGUUGGUCUAGGAGUUAUUGAAGUAGCAGGCAUUGAUCCGCAAAAGCAGGUUAUUACAUUGAAUGUUAAUUUCGAACUGAAAUGGUGUGAUGAUCUUCUCCAAUGGAAUAUAACUGAACAAACAUGUCUAAAACGAAAUCGUUCGGAAAUAUUCUUUCAGGCUGACGAAAUAUGGACACCCGAUAUAUCUGCUGUAAAUGGACCGGGACCGAUGAAAAAAGAAGCCAGACUUGAAUAUCCAAUUUUAGUUGUAUGCACAGGCAUGGCUCGAUGGUCAUAUCAGGAAAAACUUGUUUCGUAUUGUGAGAUUGAUGUAUUGAAUUUUCCAUUCGAUCGUCAAUAUUGCUCUAUUCUAAUACAAUCGACUAUAUUUGAUACAAGCCAAUUCAAAUUACGUAGUCUAUACAAUGUUGUACGCUUGUAUAAUUAUAUUAAUACCGAAUGGGAAAUUUCGCAUACAACAAUUGAUGAAGUUGAUUUGUACAAUCCAAAUCAUAAACGCGUUUUUAGUACACUUAAAAUCGAUAUGGAGCUUGUGCGACUUUCACGUUUUUAUGUACUGAAAAUUAUACUGCCAUUUGGUAUUAUAUCAUCCGUUGCUGUAUUUUCAUUUUGUUUACCAACAGGUAGUGGUGAAAAAAUAACACUGACCGUAAGCAUCUUACUUUCGUUAAUUAUCUAUCUGCAAAUGAUAUCGAAUUUUGUUCCAAAAACUGAACGUGGGUUUUGUACAUUAACACUAUAUUCCAAUAUAGUGUUUAUCCUUGUUUUUCUCUCAUGUAUAUUCAAUACAUUUACAAUAUUUAUCUAUUAUCAUGAUCAAUAUUCUGAAAAACAUAAAGCUCCAAAACGUAAGAAAAGCAUUUUACUAACAGUACAUAAAUCGUUAAUGCAAUUAAAUAAACAACGUUGGAUAUUCUUGAGAAAACGUCGUAAUAUCGGCGAGAAUUUACCUGAAAAUUCAAAUAUUCACGGUAUAGAAUUAUUGCAUAAUAUACAAUAUUUUCGACAAUCACUAACAAAUCUAUUCAGCCGACGAAAUUCAGUUAUAACAGCAACAUCAUUGUCAUCGUUCGAUUUUCGUCAUCCAUUAUUUAAUCCUAAAUCUCACGCAAAACAAUCUGCUAGACAAACAGCUGUUGUCAUUGAUCGCAUUCUAUUUAUCAUUUAUCUUAUUUCCAUGUCAUUAAGUGUACUCAUUUUAUUCCAAUCAACAAAUCGAUCGCGUUUAGCAUCAUUAGCAAAAACAAAUCGUACAAAUCAAUUGAUUAAUCUACGCAAAUCAAAAAUUGACCCAGUUCUAAUUUUUCGUGGAUGUCCACAUUAA